AUGAAAGAACCUAACUCCGACAUUGAAGUAACCUGCGGCUCUGAGAGGGUGGCUCUGUCCAUUCUCCUGUGUCCCAUUCUUUUUAAUGGAUACAACGAGUCCCUGAUGGCUCUGAACUCGAAACACUCCAUGCCCCAGUGUAAAGGCGUGGCCGACUGGAACUCCAACCCCCCAAAGCUCCAGUUCAACAUCUCCAUCACAGAGGAGGCCAUCACCGAGUGUGGCAGCAGCUUAACUAUCACUCACGAAGCCGGAACCGGACUGUUUCAAGACUUCUCCAAAGUUCAGUUCAUCAACAUCUCCGGUUCAAUCUGCUCCCAUGACCCCACCAACGGAGCCAUCACUUACCACCAGGAGGUCAUGUACAUGUUCUCCUGCCGUUAUCCACUGCAGUACCUGGUCAACAACACUGAGAUGAAUGUGGAAGGCGUUACACUGGCAGUUAAAGACACUAAUGGGAGUUUCAUCAGCACAUUAAGCAUGCAUCUAUUUGGGGACAACAUGUACACAAUACCAGUGGAUAUGCCUAUGGAACUAAAAACAAGAAUUUUUGUUGAAGUCAAAGCAUCCAAUCUGACAAACAGGUUCCAUGUUCUUCUGGACCGAUGCUAUACCACAGCGUCUCCCUUCAUCUCCACAACUAAUUUUUAUGACCUCUUUGUUGGGUGUAAUCGUGAUGGUCAGACCUUGAUGGGCACCAACGGAGAGAAGCAGGUGGCGCGUUUCUCCUUUGAGACGUUUCGUUUUAUCAAAGACACAAACCUGACCAUCUCCACCUACUACGUGCACUGUGUCACUCGCCUCUGCGUGGACACCAUCUGCCCCAGCCUCAUACCGAACUGCACGACAAAGAGGAGGCGCCGGUCCACUGAUCCAGACACAGUGAGCGAUGUAGCCACGGUGACCUCCCGACCGAUCACCAUCCGCAUCGAUAACGGUUAUCUGCUCACAUCUAAUGGUUUAGGGAAAGGUGCAUCAGACAAAACUGUGGUGGCUGUAUCGAUCAUCGCCGGCAUCAUUGGAGCCGUGUGUGUGACUCUGGUGGCGUUUAUCGUCUACAACAAUUACUACGCCAAAAAGAUGCCAGGACUGGGCAAAACAAUAAUGUAUCCGCAAGACUGA